GGCUUCCUGUGGGUGCACCGGGAUUGGCCGCACCAACAGGCACCCCAGGAGGGAGGCUUGGGGACCCCUCUGCCGCCUCCUCUUCAGGCUCCAAGACCGGGAAAACAACCUGUGCCAGGGAGGGUGUGGUGUGUGGUUGGCACCCAGCCCAUCUCUCGGGGCUCCCUUGAGCUCCAUUCGCAUCAGAGGAGCAGGGGGGAGAAGACGAGCAGGUCAACAGCCUGGGAUCCUCCUUUUGUUGAAGGACACUCCCUGCUGAUGGCGACUGGAAACUCCCCUCCUGCUGAAGCGGCCGGCCUGGCCUGGUCCUGGUAGGACAGGGUGGACGCUGUGUAGACUGUUGCAGCUGCCGUGGCCCCAGAGAGAAAGUGCCUCCCCGAGCCAAAGCACAGAGAACUGCAGAGAGAGAGAGGAGAGAGAGAGAGAGAGAGCGCGAUCGAGCGCCGGCUUGAGCCUGCCAGGGAAGCACUGCAGCGCAGUGACAGUGACAAACACAGCGGAGAACGCCAGGCGGAUUCCCAUCCCCUCGGAGGGAGAGAGGCUCAGCCCUCAGCCUGCAAGCCCUCAGCACCUUAAGCCCGAACCUGCAGGCCAGGACUGCUAACCAUUCUUCCAGAGAUGCCUGGCCAUCAUCUGUCUGGCAGAAAUUCCUGAGAGCACCCUCACCGGCCGCCGCUGAGCCAUGGCUGAGGGGGAAGUCACCACGUUCACGGCCCUGACCGAGAGGUUCAAUCUGCCUCUGGAGAACUACAAGAAGCCCAAGCUCCUCUACUGCAGCAACGGGGGCCACUUCCUGCGGAUCCUCCCGGACGGCACCGUGGACGGGACAAGGGACAGGAGUGACCAGCACAUUCAGCUGCAGCUCAGUGCGGAGAGCGUGGGGGAGGUGUAUAUAAAGAGCACCGAGAGUGGCCAGUACUUGGCCAUGGACUCCGACGGGCUUCUGUACGGCUCACAAACGCCCAGCGAGGAAUGCCUGUUCCUGGAAAGGCUGGAGGAGAACCAUUACAACACCUACGCGUCCAAGAAGCACGCGGAGAAGAAUUGGUUCGUCGGGCUCAAGAAGAACGGAAGCUGCAAGCGCGGUCCUCGGACUCACUAUGGCCAGAAAGCAAUCUUGUUUCUCCCCCUGCCGGUCUCCUCUGAUUAAAGCGGUCUGCUCUGGGCGCUGACCACUCCAGAGGAGCCUGAAGGGGUCCUCGCCGGCUGACCCCAGAUUGUUCCCUUGACCAUUGGCUGCGCUAACCCCUCCUGGCCCACAGAGCCUGACAUUGUAAGCAACGCGCUUCUAAAAUGCCCCGUUCAUUUUCCUGCAGAGCCCUUUACCCCCAACCAGUUUGGAACAGGGGGGACCAAAUUGCUUUUAGGGGCCAAUUGGCUGGCCAGGCUGGGUCUGGUUUGGAGGUCCACUGGCCUCUGGGCACCUGCUGCAGGCUGAGCCUCUCAAGGCAAAGGUGGGGCCAAAAGAAGUGUGUUCAGGGGGCUGCCGAGCAGGUCCUUUGGUAGCUGCAUCCGGUUCCGUCCACCGAGUAAACCCUGUCCGCAGCAGUUCCCUCAAACAGCGGGCAGGGCUCCCUUCCACCCUUUCGAUCCCCCACGAAUAUUAGAGAGCAGCUGCUGGCUAGGUUAGAGGAUGGCAGCGCCCCUCGAGUAGAAACAGGGAUGAAGAAGUCCUUUCAAGAGAACGGGAGGGAUUACACUGGCAAGGGAAGACUGCGUGCUGGUGGGCGGCUGAGGAGGAAGGGAUCUCAGUGCAGAAUCGAUGAAGGAUGGGGGCUCAGGCACGGGAAAGCCAAUGAACGCGGCGCCUUGAAAGCCCUGACGAAGCCCUGACUUUCCGAAGGUGAUUAGGUGACAGGGAGCCUCUGGGGGAUAUCAGUUGGCCAGCAGGAGAAGUGGGUUCUUGAUUCAAGGGCAUCAGAUGUUGGAAAAUUCAUUUGGGUCCUCGGAGUGGGUGUGGAAGUGAUGAGAAAGAAAGGGAAACGGGGUCGAGGGGUGGUUGUCCUCUGAAGAGGAUGAUUCUAGAAGUGAGAAAGAAAGAGAAAGGGAUGCCAGGAGGUGUGCUUGGCCACCUGGAGGCAGAGGCUUUGGGGUCCCAGGCCAGUGCUCACACACCGUAUGGGGGAGCUUGUUUGAAUGUAGAUUCUGGUUGAUUGGGACUGAGGUGCGGUUUUGGCAUUUCUAACAAGCUCCAGGUGCGUCGAUGCUGCUGCAGACGCCCACCAUACGUUGAGUUGUGGUCCUGGAAGAAUGUCAGUCAAAUGAAGGUGGCUCCACCUUCCCAACCCGGCCCCCUCUCCUCAUCCUUAAAAACACUGCAGCAUUCAGGCUCAUCGGCACAGUGGUGAAGGAGCAGGUAUUUCAGGCGCUUUGGCCCAUUGCCUAUAAAAUGCCCAUUUAGAAGAUAAACAAAAGCAUCCUUCAAAAAUGUUAAACCCGCACCAACAGCUUUUCCCAAGAGACCAUUUGUGUGACCAUUACUUGUAUAAAUAUGCUUCCUGCUUAAAGUAAACCUGACCCAAGUGGCUAGCAAAUUAGAAACACCAUUCAUCUUUGACAUAUGAUACCAUUGCCCUGUUAAUGCCUUUAAUAAGCCAUUUAAAUUUACUGUGAGACUGUAUGUUUUAAUCACAUUUAAAAAUAUAUAGCGCAAAGGCAGUUAAACUGAUUAGCAUCCAGCCAUUGAGAAUGACAAUAAUAAUAGGAUAUGAUGUAUAAGCUACUCAGUUAUCUACCACUUAUACUCCAUUUACCUGUAAAGUGAGGUUUUCCUUUAUUUCCCACCGUGCUGUUAGACAUUUUUCUUUGAAAAAUGGAAAUUUCUUAAGCAACGAUGUGGCAAUUGUGAAUGGAAACUGAUGCGAGUGUUAGCUCAUGUUUUAUAAGGAAUGGAAGGGAUUAUUAAUUGAAAAACAAUUCCGUCAUAUGGGGAAUGGAAGAAAAAAUGACAAUUUGUGAAGGUUCGAGGAGCAGUGGAAUUGAGAACUGAACCAGGUUAAAACGAUUGUGAAUAAUACCAUCUUACGUUUGUGUCUACAGCAAAACGAUUGUGUAAUUUUUUAUUUUUAUUUUUUGUAACUUGGAUAAGAUGAUUCCAUUUCAUAUUAGUAAAUCUUUGCAGGCAAGUUGGGGAUAGCACAGCGUGGCUUAACAUCUAUUUACUAUGAAGAUUUGGCCAGAAAAAAGGUACUCAGAGAGGAAAUCCAAGAUAUUUAUAAUGGUCCAUAACUUCUAAUAUGUGAAUCAAAUUCAAGUGUAACAUUGACAAAGAAAAUGUAAAUGCUGUUGCUAACAGGUGA